GCGUUGUGACGGGGCUGGGGACACCCAGUGGGGCUGGGGACACCCGGAGUUAUGGUGGGGCGGGGGACACCCGUUGUGGUGGCAGGGAUGGGGCUGCCCGGUGGGGCUGGGGACGCCUGGAGCUGUGAUGGGGCUGGGGAUGCCCCGCGGAGCUGGGGUCCCCGGAGACGCGCUUGGGCCUGUAACUGGAAGCGGCAGCCCCCAGGGCUCUGUCCGCACCCCGCAGCUGGCCGGGGAUGCGCGGGCCGGAACGCUCCCUGCGCCCCACCGAGCGCGCCCGGGCCCCGCAGGCAGCAAGAGGCCAGGCCGGGGGAGACGCUGUGCGGGCUGGGGGCCGGGCCUGCUCCGCGGCGGAGCCUGCCCCUUGCAGGGAGCCCCUGGCACGUCCCGGGCGGGGCCGGGCCGAGGGCGGGGCCGGCCGGCGGGCGGGCGCCCGGCGCAGGAAGGACCGUUAGGCGCCAGAUGUUUGGCAGCCGAGCGCAGAGGAAGUGGCUGCCGGGACGCAGGGCCGGGGAGCGGCCCGAGGCCCCAGCGCUGCCGCCAUGCCCCCGCCCGCGCCCCCCGCCGCGCCGCCGCCCGGGCCGCCCGCCCGCGGGCCGCUGAGCCUGCACCGGCCCUUCCUGCGCAGCCCGCUGGCCCCGCUGCGCCUGGGGCAGCUGCUCCUGGGCGCCGCCUGCUGGGGGACGGUGGCGGCCCACAAGUACGAGGGGGCGGCGCACUUCGCGCUCUUCGCCGCCGUGCUGGCCUGGCUGCUGGCGCUGGCGGUCGCCGGGCUCAGCCUGCUGGGGCGCUGGGCUCUGGUGCCGCUGCUGGGCGCCCGCUGGCUGCUGGCCAACGCGGCGCAGGACCUGCUGCUGGGCGCCGGGCUGUACGCGGCGGCCGCGGGCGUCAUGGGCCACAAGGCGGAGCGCCACAGCUACUGCAACCUGCGCGGCUACAGCCAGCCCUGCCCGUACCGCGCCUACCUGGCCGCCGCCGCCUGCGCCGCCCUGGCCGCCGCCCUGCACCUGCUCUCGGGCCUCUACUGCCUGGCGCGCCGCUGCCGGGGCCACCGCGACAUCGUCUGAGCGCCGCCCGGGGCCCGGCGGACGGAGCCCCCCACGCGGACGGACGGACGGACCGACAGAGCCCCCUGCCCCCCGCCGGGGACUGAGCGCCCCCGGACAGACGGACGGACGGACAGAGCCCC